UUGAUGGAGUAUAAAAUGCAGAACGUUGCCCAUUGCAUUUACAGACAAUUGGAAUUGUUCACCAGGAUCACAACUAUGAAGCAGUUAAGUUUUAUUCUUUUGGUGGUUGCAGCUUUAACAUUGGAAAGCAAUGCGUCUUCUCCAAAGGAAAUAUGCGAGAAAAGACACCAAGAUGAUGAUAUUUGUGUUACUCACUGUGAAUAUUCCUAUUAUGGUUUUACUAAUGACGAAUUCAAACUAGACGAUGAACAUAUAAACAAACUGAAGGAUGUUCUGCUGAAUUUCGAAGCAAUUAAGGAUAACGAAGUCGACAAGACAGUGGCUCAUCUUAAGAAAUGUGCAAAUGAAGCGAAAGCCAAACAAGCUUCGGACAACACGAGGAAGAAUUGUUAUAGUAUUGUCCAUUAUCAGCGUUGUGCUUAUGUUAAUGAUAUAUUUACGUUUAGUGCUUAUGAUGAAGCAAUUCGUAAGAAUGCUGCAACUAUUUCAAUCACUAUCAGGAAAUAAACAUGCAAAACUUUGCAAAUCUUGAGCAGAAA